AUGGCCAACUACCUCGCAUCCAUCUUCGGUACCGAGCAGGACAAAGUCAAUUGUUCCUUCUACUACAAAAUCGGUGCAUGCCGACACGGGGAUCGCUGCUCUCGCAAGCAUGUCAAACCUUCGUACUCGCAAACCAUUCUCAUGCCGAACAUGUACCAGAACCCGGCCUACGACCCCAAGAACAAGAUGAACCCCAGCCAGAUGCAGAACCACUUCGACGCCUUCUACGAGGACGUAUGGUGUGAGUUGUGCAAGUACGGCGAGAUCGAAGAGUUGGUCAUCUGCGACAACAACAACGACCAUCUCAUUGGUAACGUCUACGGCCGAUUCAAAUACGAAGAAGAUGCGCAGGCUGCAUGUGACGCAUUGAACUCUCGUUGGUACGCAGCGCGACCUAUCUACUGCGAGUUAUCGCCCGUCACGGAUUUCCGAGAAGCUUGUUGUCGGCUCAAUAGCGGUGAAGGAUGUGUACGAGGGGGCUUCUGCAAUUUCAUUCACCGGAAAGAUCCUUCAGCUGAGCUUGACCGCGAGCUGCGUCUCAGCACGAAGAAGUGGCUCAAGGAGCGCGGCAGAGACCCUCGUAGCGCCAGCCGAAGCCCCAGCCCUGAGCCCACCCGGCGCAGAUACUAG